AUGUCUCUUCAUAGGGUUGGAUCUAUCGAGUCUUUGUCGUUCGCACCUACCGGUGAAAUAAGAUCGCGGCGCGGAUCCGACGCCUCGGUCAUCUCUGUGCGUCCGACCAAACUUACCUUUAAUCCCAUCCCGGAGCAGUGGGAUCCUCCCUCGGAGCGUCAUGGCAAUGUUCAGGCCGUUGGAGCGUUCGAGGUCCCGGAAUGGAAGAGGAUUGCACAAGUUGUUGCCGCCGUCUUUUACUGUUUCCUGUCGGCGGGUGUCUGCUUUGGCUAUGCAGCAAUUAAGCCAGUACUGAAGCAGGAGGGUGCAUACCACGAUGUUUGUAUCGUUGAUGGCGCCGUUGAUGAUACCUGCGUCGAAAUCCAUCUAAAUCUCAUGUUUACUGUCGCUGCAGUCGGCACGAAUGUGGCAGCUCUCCCCAUAGGGAUCGUACUUGACAAGACCGGUCCCAGAUUCUGUGGUCUACUUGGCAGUGCCUUUCUUGCUGUUGGUUCUGUUAUGCUGGCGUAUGCCCAAGCCUGGCCAUUUGAUGGUUUCCUGUGGGGUUACCUCUUCACUGCUCUCGGUGGCCCCUUCAUAUACAUUUCCUCUUUCCAACUCAGCAAUGCAUUCCCGAAGCACUCGGGCUUGAUUCUUGCUUUGCUCACGGGCGCUUUUGACGCCUCCAGUGCUCUUUACCUCAUUUAUAGACUCACCUAUCAAGCUACUCGUGGUGGAUUUGGCUCGAGGAGCUUCUUUUUAGUGUAUCUGGCGGUACCGGCUCUCAUUGCCGUUCUCCAGCUGACGUUGCUCCCCAAGCAGUCUUACAAGACAGUCGGUGAGAUGAUCGAGGAUAUCGAGGAGCCUGGCAGACAUCACGAGGCCGAUGAUCAGGUCGACGAGGAGACCGCCCUACUGCGGGAAGAGGAGAGGCACCAGAUUGAAGACCAGGUUGAGGAGCUCUUGGGCACCCGCAAGGUCGAUAAGCAAGUUCAGCGAGAGAUCAAGAAGAACGAAAGGUCGGGGGUUUGGGGUGUCAUGCAUACAGCUACCAUCAAGGAGCAGCUCAUGUCACCCUGGUUCACUCUUAUCAUGAUGUUUACAGUUGUGCAAAUGACGAGGAUCAAUUUCUUUGUCGCCACAAUUUACCAGCAGUACAGUUACCUCUUCCACAGCCACCAGCAGGCCCGCGAGAUCAAUAACUUCUUCGACCUGGCACUGCCAAUUGGUGGCAUUCUGUCGAUACCGUUCAUCGGUACCAUCCUCGACCGCACCACGACCGUCACCGUACUCAUCUGUUUGGUUUCCGUGGCGACGACCAUAGGCAUCCUAGGCAUCAUUCCGCAAGCCUGGGCCGCCUACUCAAACGUGUGUCUCUUUGUCCUGUACAGGCCAUUCUACUAUACGGCCGUUUCGGACUAUAGCGCCAAAGUCUUUGGGUUCCGGACCUUCGGCACCGUUUAUGGCGCCGUGAUUUGCCUGUCUGGCCUGUUUAAUCUGUCACAGCCCGCGCUCGACUACAUGUUCCACGUGACUUUUGAGGGCAACCCCAUCCCGGUCAAUGUGAUACUCAUGUCCACGGGCCUGACUGUAGGUGUCGCGCUGAUUGUUUUCGUCAGCGUUAAGGCUGGUCGCUUCGGUCAAACGCGACAGCGCGACUCGUCACCACAUGUUGAGCGGCGAGCAUAA